AUGUUCCCUAGCUCCCUCACCAAGCCCUUCCAGCUCCUCUGCCGGGUGAUGCAGUGGUCUAGCGCGGCUAUCGUGCUAGGCCUUACGUCUUACUAUAUCCAUAAGGGUCCGAGGGGCUUGCUGCUGAAAUAUACUGAGGUUAUUUCGACAAUGUCCAUCGUCUUCUUCCUCCCGGCCUUCGUCUCGCCUUUCAUGCCUAAUCGACUCAGCAAAUAUGUCCUCUUGAUUGACGUUGUCUUCUCUUACCUCUGGCUCACAGCCUUCAUCUUCGCCGCCCAAGACUACAACCGCGACGACUGCUUCCUCAACGCGCCCCCCAACCACAGCUGCGCCAAGAAGAAGGCCAACGAGUCGUUUAUCUUCUUGACUUUCAUCUUCACCUUCUUCGCUAUGUUCCUUGAAGUCCUCAACCUCUGGGCCGACCGUCGCGAGACCCGUGGGCCCUCGAGGGAGAAGUACUCUGGUGGUGCCCAUGGUGGCCCGCCUGAUGCGCCGGUCGGGUCGAGUAAUGUUUAA